AUGUGUCCUCUUCAGCGCGCCCGACCCCGCGCAGGCGCAGACGCAGCCGCGACGCCGUCCUCGUCCCCCUCGCGUCCGAGGCCCUGCCCGUUCAUCCGAGGCGAGCUGGCGCAGCUGCCGCGCGGGCGGGUCAACUACACGCUGCGCGGGCCCGCGGGGGCGCCGCUCGUGGCUUGCGUCCACGGCCUGCACGGGUCGCUGUCCACCUUCGCCUCCCUCGAGCCGCAGCUCGUGGCGUUCGGCUUCCGGGUGCUCGCCUUCGACCUCUACGGCUUCGGGCUCAGCGCGGCGCCGCGGGGGCUGCUGGACCACCGCGGGUACGCCGAGCAGCUGGCCUCGCUGCUGGACGCGCUGGUGGGCUCCCAGGAGCCCGUCCUGCUGCUGGGCUUCAGCAUGGGCGGCCUCGUGGCCGUGGAGUUCGCGAGCCGCUGGCCGCAGCGGGUCCGGCGGCUGCUGCUGGUGGCCCCAGCGGGCCUGCUGUCGAGGGAGGACGCGCCGUGCCAGCUGCUGCUGAGGUGCCUCCGCGGGCGCUGCGGCUGCUGCCUGCAGCACCUGGCUGCGGGCCUCAUGUGCUGCUGCGGCUGCGUCGUGGCCCGGGUGCUCUCCGGGGACCGCCACGCCAGGACCUUCGAGCCAGACGUGCGCGAGCCCGAGAAGUUCACGGAGCACAGCCAGAGGACCCUGGCGCAGUUCCGGUGGGACGUGAGGCGUUCGGUCAACUCGUACUUGCGCGUCCUGAGGCUCAUGCCGCUCUGGGAGGGCGACUCCGAGGAGCUGUACGCGUGGCUGGCCGGGAGCGGGGUGCCCGUGAUGUUCCUCUGGGGCGACGACGACCAGACGGUCCCCUGGUCCGACGCGGAGGAGGCCGUCGGGCGCCUUUUCGGCCCCGGCGGCGCCACGUCCUGCGUCCUGCUGCACGGCGCCGGGCACGGCAUGGUGCACGAGGACGCAUUCGAAGUGGCCAAGCACGCCGCUGCCUGGCUCGGGGACUCGCAGGACCCAGCCUGGAAGCAGUGCCUGCAGCGCUUUCUCGUUCCCAGGCCGGAGGAGGGCGAGCCCGGGGCCGCGGUCGUGGGCUCCCCGGCCGAAGUGUGA